CCGGCCUGCAAUGGCGGACAUUUGAGGAGCCUUCGUAUGCAUGCAUGUCCAGCAUCAUAAUAGCCAUCCCUUUUGCAGCAGUAACUUGACUAAAGGUAGGCAACACAACAGCCAUCUCUUUUGCAGCAGUAACGUGACUAAAGGUUGGUUACACAACAACCAUGGAUUCCCAAGAUCCCCUCAAGAUCUCAGCAGACAAUGAAAUACGCAAGAAACAGAGGAAAAGAACCAAGAAAAUUAUUGCACAACUUCAAGAACAGGUUGAGUUUUACUUUGGAGAUUCCAACCUCCAAAAGGACCGUUUUAUGAAACAGGAGAUAAGCAAGCACCCUGAAGGAUAUGUACCUAUCCCAACCAUCGCUAGUUUCAACAGAAUGAAACAGAUUACGGAUGACUUAAACCUUGUGGUUAAAGCAAUGAAAUUGUCUUCAAUGCUAGAGGUCAAUGGUGAUGACACAAUGGUCAGACGAAAUACUCCUGUUCCUGAGCCACAGAAUGUGGAUAAAGAAACUAUUUAUGUUGAAAGGCUUCCACCAUAUGCUGAUCAUGACUGGGUGAAAGGAAUUUUCAGCAAGUAUGGGAAAGUGGAAUACGUCAGCAUCCCAAGAUUCAAACACACUGGAGACAUAAAAGGGUUUGCUUUUGUAGAAUUUGAAUCUGCAAAGGUUGCUCAAGAAGCAGUUGAGGUGUUUAAUAAAGAGGGAAGAAUUAAACAAAGUAGUGAACCAGAAAAAAGCGAAAUUGGCUUCAGUACCGAACGGUCAAAUGAACAACACAAGAUGGCUAAACCAAAAAGAAAACGCUCUCAUAGCGAAUCAGAAGUGGACGGACAUAAAACCAGCCGCGAAAGGACUGGUAAGAGAAAGAGAACAACAAGUGAAUCCUCAGUAGAUUCUGAGGCCAAUGAACUGCCAGUAGAUGUGAGCUCGAGGGAUGGGGUCAAACGGAAAAGUAAAGAAGGCAAGAAGUCUGAACAAUGUGGCAGUGGAAGGAUAGAAAAUGGAGAAGAGAGAUGGAAAAAUGGGGAUGGGAAGGACAAAAAGGGAAAGAAGUUUGUUCGGUGGCAAGAAGGUGAUGAACAGACCAACAGCGAUAAAAAAGUGAGCGAGGAAAAAUCUCGUAAAAGAUCUCAUGAUGAUUCUACAAGCGGCGAAGAGAGCGGGAAGCAGAAACGACAGAAGAUGAGCAACAAGUCGGAGAUGAACUCUGAAAAUACUGCUGAGGAGAGUGGCGAAGAUGCAACUGUCGAGGGAGACAAGAAACAUAAGAAAAGGAAGAGGAAAAAGAAGGACAAGAAAGAAAAUAGAUUGCCACAUUUAAGAGUGAUCUCUAAAUUAGAAUGGCUCGAGCUAAAAAAGGAGUAUAAAACCUUACAACGCGGAGCCAUGAAGAACUUGAAAAAACACCUGCAAGAUAAAAUUCCUGUUAACUCCAGUCAAGCAGGAAACAAACCUCACAAGUCAACACGCGACAGAGCUGAUGCGUCGUAUCAGAAGACCGAAGAAAAAUCCUCGCAAGAUGGCGUCGCAACUGUAAAGACGCUAUCGUACACUCCAGGAGUUCUGUUAAAGUUCCAAUGUCAGGGUCGUGGAAUGACCAAAAAAGAGCUGAGAGAGAAACUUUCAUCGUGUGCUCCCGUAGCUUAUUUGGAUUUAGAAGAAGGCAAUGUUGAGGGUUAUGUUCGUUUUCACACCGCAGAAAAUUGUAACUUGGUGCUUAAAGAAAUGUCAACCGCAAACGAUGAACUACAGCUCAACAAACUGACGGAGGGGGAAGAAAAAGCCUACUGGGAAAAGAUAAAUACCGAUCGUGUGAACAGAUAUAAUUCCAAGAGGGAGAAAAAGCGAGGGACCGAAAAGGUUUCAAAAAAGGCAGAAGUACUUCAAGUUCAACGGCAAAGUCACAUACGUUUUGAAGACAGUGAUGGUGGAGAGGACACCUAGGAUCAGAAGUGCAAAGAGCCCCACAUGCCUCCGAUACAAACAUUUUCUCUCGUUUACUUCGAAGUUAGAUUUUAAAGCGCGCUUCAAAUGCAGCGGCCUUUAAAACUGUGGUAACGACAAAUUCAGCUUUUGAUUUCGCGGUAAUCAUUAAAUGAGGACAUUGGGGUUGGCGAUUAAAUGGGCAAUUUUUCUUGCGGUAUUGCGGUAAUUGUGGUAUUCUCCAAACCUGCGGGAUGCGGUUUUUCUCGCAUCUUAGACAGUAUUGAAAUAUCCUCCAAGUCCUCCACUGUUUUCUGAGCCUUUCCAGUCUUCAAUUGUUUCGGAAACAAGUUGAAACAGGACCUCAAAUAGUUUUAAGGUUCCCUAAUCGCAAUUUGAUAAGGGAAUUUUUUUGUUAAUUAUUAGCCAACACCCCAAUGGAUGUUACUUAUUUUGUUUACUUUGGCUAAAUCUAAGUUACCUGACUUAAUGUUCAUUAAAACAAUUCUUAAUUGUA